GUGCACAAAUAGUAGUUAUUGGGGUCAUUUUGGACCAUUUUCCAAUUAAGUCAUUUGAUCUGCAUUUAAAGUGACACUGCAGUUAUAUAUUGUUUUUGUAACUUCAGCGGUCCUGAAAUUCAGUAUUUUCCUAUUAGGUGAAUCCCCCUACUGUACAGUUCCUACCCCUCCCCAGCUGUUGUCUCAUUACUGCCCUCCUCAUCCUGCCGACUGUAAGUGCCCUCCCCCUGCCCUGACUCCCUGUGGUCCACAUGGUUGAUUUUCGCUUCCUGUCCGCACUGCUGAUCUUUUCACCAGUUCCAGAUGAGAAAUCAAUGUCCUUACCUCAGACAUAUGUGGAAGCUGCGGGUGUUUGAUUCGCAGCCGCUGUAGGCAACAUUUUUGGGCUGUGCAGAAUGAAGUAUGGUCCAUCAUGAACAUACCUAUCUGAACACUUUGUAUGAUUCUCGUAAGUCUUUGGAAGUGGUACUGCUGGGGGGAAACACUGCGCCCGUCUCGGUAAGAUACAUUAUUAGGCGUUGCUUUUCCCUCAAAACUGUUCAUGGUAUGUGUUAUUGGGAACGGAUCCGGUCGACGUGUAGAACUACAUGCAAAGAAAAGUUUGUUGACUAUAUUAGUUAUUCCACAGGACUUAGACAUGGUUUAAAAACUGCAUUGGCGAGGGGUAAGUUUGACAACAGCGCUUGUCAGAGUAGCGGGCUGUAAGUUGGCUGGGAUUUUGGAUGAGUUGAGACUUAUGUUGCUUGUGCAUUUUCUUGAGGAGACCGCCGUCAUGAGGGCCUCUUCCUCUCGACUGUCGAGUUUCUCAUCUUCAUCCAGGGACUCUCUUUGGAACCGGAUGCCGGAUCAGAUAUCGGUGUCCGAGUUUCUCUCGGAGACAACGGAGGAUUACAACUCUCCCACUACAUCAAGCUUCACUACCCGAUUGCAGAGCUGCCGAAACACGGUCAGCGUUCUGGAAGAGGCCCUGGACCAGGAUCGCACAGCCUUGCAGAAGGUAAAGAAGUCCGUCAAAGCCAUCUACAAUUCGGGUCAAGACCAUGUGCAGAAUGAAGAGAACUACAGCCAGGCACUGGACAAGUUCGGCAGCAAUUUCAUCAGCCGGGACAACUCCGACCUGGGGACAGCUUUCAUCAAGUUCUCCAGCCUCAUCAAGGAGCUCGCCGCGCUGCUCAAGAACCUGCUCCAGAGUCUGAGCCAUAAUGUGAUCUUCACGUUGGACUCGCUGCUCAAAGGGGACCUGAAGGGAGUGAAGGGGGACAUAAAGAAGCCCUUUGACAAAGCCUGGAAGGACUACGAGACCAAGUUCACGAAGAUUGAGAAGGAGAAAAGGGAGCACGCCAAGCAGCAUGGAAUGAUCCGCACGGAGAUUACGGGUGCCGAGAUCGCCGAGGAGAUGGAGAAGGAGAGGCGCAUUUUUCAGCUGCAGAUGUGCGAGUAUCUAAUCAAAGUGAACGAAAUCAAGACUAAAAAGGGAGUUGACCUGCUUCAGAACCUCAUAAAGUAUUACCAUGCUCAGUGCAACUUUUUUCAGGACGGUCUGAAAACUGCUGAUAAGAUGAAGCAGUACAUUGACAAGCUCGCCGCUGACCUCUACAAUAUCAAGCAGACUCAAGAUGAAGAGAAGAAGCAGCUGACGGCUCUGAGGGACAUGCUCAAGUCCUCUCUGCAGCUGGAGCAGAAAGAGGAUUCCCAGAGCAAGCAGAGUGGCUAUAGCAUGCACCAGCUGCAGGGCAACAAGGAGUUUGGGUGUGAGAAGAAGGGCUAUCUCAUGAAGAAGAGUGACGGCCUCCGCAAGGUGUGGCAGCGCAGGAAGUGUUCUGUGAAGAAUGGCAUCCUCACCAUCUCCCACGCCACGUCCAACAGGCAACCUGUGCGACUGAACCUGCUGACCUGCCAGGUGAAACCCAGUGGAGAGGACAAGAAGUGUUUCGACCUGAUCUCCCACAACCGCACAUAUCACUUCCAGGCAGAAGAUGAGCAGGAGUUUGUGAUCUGGAUCUCCGUGCUGACCAACAGUAAGGAGGAGGCCCUGAACAUGGCCUUCCAGGGGGGCAGCCAGAGCACCGGGGAGGACACCGUGGAGGACCUGACCAAAGCCAUCAUAGAGGACGUGCUGCGCAUACCUGGCAACGAGGUCUGCUGCGACUGCGGAGCCCCGGAGCCCAAAUGGCUGUCCACCAACCUGGGCAUCCUGACCUGCAUUGAGUGCUCUGGAAUCCAUCGGGAGAUGGGAGUGCACAUCUCACGCAUCCAGUCCAUGGAGCUGGACAAACUAGGCACCUCAGAACUCUUGCUCGCCAAGACUGUAGGGAAUAGCAGCUUCAAUGAGAUUCUGGAAGGGAAUCUUCCCAGUCCUUCACCCAAGCCUACGCCAAACAGUGACAUGACGGAGAGGAAGGAGUACAUCAAUGCUAAGUAUGUGGAGCACCGCUACGCCCGGCGGACAGCCUCCACGGCAACAGCGCGGCAGGGCGACCUGUACGAGGCGGUGCGGACGCGGGACCUGCUGCUUCUCAUCCAGCUGUACGCUGACGGGGUGGAGCUCACCGACCCCUUCCUGGAGGCAGGACAGGACCCUGGAGAAACGGCUCUGCAUUUCGCUGUCCGGACGGCAGACCAAACCUCUCUUCACCUGGUGGACUUCCUUGUUCAGAACAGUGGGACUCUGGACAGACAAACUGACAGUGGCAACUCUGCCCUGCACUACUGCUGCCUCUAUGAGAAACCAGAGUGUCUGAAACUGCUGCUGAGGGGAAAACCAGCCAUCGACAUUGCAAACCAAACUGGAGAGACUGCCCUGGACAUCGCCAGGAGGCUGAAGAAUACCCAGUGUGAAGAGCCGCUGGUGGAAGCUGCCGCGGGGAAGUUCAACCCUCACGUGCAUGUGGAGUAUGACUGGAACCUGCGACUGGAGGAGAUAGAUGAGAGUGAUGACGACCUGGAUGACAAGCCCAGCCCGGUGAAGAAGGAGCGCUCCCCGCGUCCCCAGAGCUUCUGCCACGCGUCCAGUGUGUCACCGCAGGAGAAGCUGACGCUGCCUAGUUACAUGGGCCACCGCGACAAGCAGCGCCUCUCCUAUGGGGCCUUUGCCAACCCCGUGUACAGCACCUCCACCGACACCCCCGCCUCCCCUGGCGCCGAGGGACCCACUCUGGUCAGGGGCCCCAGUAAAGGUCCCUCUGCCGGUCCCCCCACCUCCCUCCCCCUGGGCUCUCAGUCGUCGGCGGGGGGCGGAAGUGGCACCCUGUCGAAGAAGAGGGCCCCACCCCCUCCCCCGGGACACAAGCGCACACUCUCCGACCCCCCCAGCCCAGUCCUCUCCGGCCCUCAGCAGAGCAAAGGCAGCGAAUCAACUCCUCCGCCCACAAACAGGACUUCACCUGCCAACAAGUUUGAGCAGCAGCAGAGCACUACAUCAAGCAACACUAAAUCCACACUUGGCCCAAGAGUUCUACCUAAACUGCCUCAGAAAGUGGCACUAAGGAAGAUCGACACUAUUCACCUCCCCUCGGUGGACAAGCCGGGACCCCCAGGCCCAGAGGUGUUGCAGAAGCCACUCCAGUCAGUGGAGACCAGCCCCAGACCCUGCGACCUCCCUACCAGAGCCCCACAACUCUCAGACCGGCCCCAGCCUGCGGAGCGGCACCUGUCCGCAGAGAAGCCUCAGCCGGCGGAGAGACCGCAGCUCGGCGACCUUCCCCCAAAGCCUCACGUGUUAGACCUGCCUCCUAAACCCCAGCUCUCCGACCUCCCUCCCAAGCCGCAGCUCUCGGACUUGCCCCCCAAACCUCAGCUAUCGGAUUUACCCCCUAAACCUCAGCUCAAGGACCUCCCGCCUAAGCCCCAGCUGGCCGACAUGCCCCCGAAGCCUUCGCCGCCAGAGGCCCCAACGGCAAGGCAGAGCACGCAGGAGGAGCCCACGCCGGCAGCCAGGGUGCCGCAGCAGCAGCCGCAGUCACCUGCAGAAGCACAGUCCUCCAGCCAACAGGGGGAGCUGUCCCCGAGGCAGGCCAGCGAGGACACCAAUGGAGCACCGGCCGGGGCGGUGGAGAUGCCGGUGCCACUGCCUCGCAAGAUCAACCCGGUCCCUAAGGCCAAAGCCAAACGGGUGAAGACCAUCUACGACUGCCAAGCAGAUAACGAUGACGAGCUGACCUUUGCAGAAGGAGAAGUGAUCGUGGUGACCGGGGAGGAGGAUCAGGAGUGGUGGAUUGGACACAUAGAAGGCCAGCCGGAGCGAAAAGGGGUCUUCCCUAUGUCCUUCGUGCACAUUCUGUCUGAAUGACAAAGUGGUGACUGACCAGCAUGAGGCUCCCUGUCCAUCUGUCUGUCUAGCUAGCACAAGCCCCCGUCAUAGGCCUCCCCAUCCUGGGACUGUGGGCAUAGCCUCUGUAUAUAGCUGCUGUAAUCCAAACCAAGUCUUCAAGGGCCUAAGACUCACUCAUCCAGGGUGUCAGCCCAGCCUCCCUGCACCUGUAAGGGUUUAAAUAUGUACGUAUACCAGUCAUGUGUUGUUGAAAUGCGUAAAAUAAAACUGUUAUCCUGCCUACCAGUAUUACCGUAGCCAUAGCAAACCGGCAUGCUGCCAAAACAGGGUUUGCGGUAGCUAUCCAUUGGAAUCUAGCACUUAACACGUUUUGUUUUUUUAAUUUUGUUGUUUGUUUUUGUCAGUGUACGCUGUAAACUGUAUGUACGUACGUAUGUAUGUGUGUAUACAUAUAGAAGCGAUGUGUUAUGUCCAUUUGAAACGUGUGUACAUGUACAUAAGAUAUGCACACAUGUUAGUAUAUUUAUGUACCCAUGCACAUACACUACUGUGUAGAUGUACAGUAUGUGGGCAUCCUGGCUAUCCAGCGCCAUAGCUGGGGAUGGCUGCUCCUUUUACUUCUGUGGUUCAAAAAAAAGAAAAGAAAAAAAUCAUCUCUAGUGUUCCUGAGGGAGUGCACAGAGGGCCAUUACAUUUGAAUUAAAUUAAAAAAAGGAAAUAUAUAGAAAAAAAGUAUAUAGUAUAUAUAAAAUAAAUAUUAUCAAAGUGCUUCAAUUUUCCCAUGUGUAAUUAUAGUGGCAUGCUGACCAGGGAAGAAAAUUAAAUAUUAUUAUAUUCGAAUUUUAAUCUCAAGAAGAAAGAAAAACAAAGAAACAAACAUCUCAUUGCACCUCCUCUAAACUUGUGAUAGAAUGGCAUAAAACCACUCGUGAAGCUAGUGUGGCACACAGUAGGUGCCUGCUCUGUAGUAUCCAGGAGCCCACUCUCUCAGCUCACUGCAGCCAUGUGUGGACUCUGCUGAGUGAAGGAUGACGAUAGUGAUGCUCCAGCUGACGUACUGUAUGUGACUGACUGCAGUGUUGAUCGUUAGGAUCUUUUUUUGGCAGACUGCACUGCACUGCUCUGCUCUCCGCAAGCAUCCAUUUUCACGCAUCAGCCAAGCUGAUGUCAAUAGAGAUGCCUCUGGGGACAUUGGGUGCAUUCCAAUAUGUGACCUUGCGUCCACCACUUGGGCUUGUGGCCUUACAUUUUGCUGAUGCCCAGCCUCCGUGGAGAAAACAAUGAAGUUUCCCCACUGUCAGCCUAGCCAAAACAAUUUUGGGGGACUGUUCUUCAUUUACCAUCCUGUUUGAAAAUGAGAAAAUGACUUGACAAUUGAGCUUUUGCGAGAUAUUGAAAUAUAAUCCUGUUGUCAGUGAUGUCCUCACGACGUAUUACUGCCUGGUACGAGGCCACAAGCACAAGUGGAGGACGCAAGGUUGCAUAUUGGAACGCACCCAUUCUCUUUACUUUGUUAGGGGUUCUGUUUGGUUUGUUAGCACCAAGCCUUAACCCUCCUAGAUAUGAAUGGCAGUGAGUGCUUGAAACACAUUGGUCGGCUUGCUGGUUUCAACCUUGGGCUUACCACAGCCGAAGCAAAAACACUUGACCUAUGGGGGUUGUUUCAUAACACGCCGCCCACAGUGAAAGGCAGGUACCCACACUCAUGUUUGUUCAAUUCAGGACGUUUUUCGUUUUCUUUCUCUCUUUUUUUUGGCCUUGAGUCAAAUUGUACUGUGGAAUGUUUUUGUUACAUUUUUUACAUGUAUUUUAUUAUUUUGUGUGACCGAUGAUUUUUGUUUAUUUGUUUGUUUGAUUGAUUCCUGUUCAUUUUGCUUUGUCUGAGAUCGCAGCAGCAAGUGACUGAGCUGCCGUUGGGACUAAGGAUGACCUUUCUGCUGCCUCUCAGUGUGGCACCAGGCAGGGGGACUGGCUCACACUUUAGGUUCUUCAACAAGUGGUUGGUGUAGUUAACAAGAGACAGUGUACGGUAUUGAUGAAUGCUUCCUGUAGUCAGUUUGGUGUUUUAAGAUAUUUCACAUGUAGGCUUUUGGUGGGUCAGUAAGAAAGGGACACAGAUCCCAUAGUGUUGAAACGGAAAUAAAAAACAAGUUCACAGUUGAAAAGGCUGUCAGCACAAUUUAUAUAAUUCAUGGGUAUAAACCACAUACACAAGAGUAACGACAGACAAACUAACUCAACAAAUGGUUUUUAGAUAUAUCAGCUACUGUGGUGCUCUGCUAAGGAUACAGUAUCUUUUGAAAAUGUGUAUUUGUCUCUGAUGUACCAUUCCUGUAUUGUGUAAAUUUGAACUUCAUAAUCAGCUCAUAAUUGGACCAAACGUGUGCCAGUAUUGUUUAAUGGAGACAGGAUUUUCACUACCAGAGACUACCGAUGUAAUAGCCUUUGUUCAAAAAAAAAGUCAUUCCUAUAUGUAAUGCUGGAACCAGUACAGUGAAAUGGCCUGUGUGGCUAUAACUAUUUUUUACAUGUUUUGUUGUGAGAGAAACUGAAUGAGUUAUAUUGUUUUAAUUAGGAUGCAAGAUUUAUUUCCAUGCAGUCUCAUUCCUUUGAUUUGUUUGUGUUUGCUGCACUGUAUGUUUAGUAAAGAAGGAAUUUGCAAUUGAGUUGAGUACAGUAAUAAAGAUUUUAAGUUGAGAGCACGA